AUGAUUGGUGGUGACGAUGAAAGUAUGACUCCAAUUCAUGAGACUUCAGUAGUGGCUUCAUCGGAACGGGUCACCAAUUGUGAUACUGUGGAGCGGUGGCAAAAUCAAGAAAUGGAGACGAACCAUGGAAUACGCAUUCUCGAUUUAGAUUUUCGAAUUCAACUCCUUCGGUUUUACAAGAAUCCAUAUCUUGGUGAGAAGAUAGCAACAAAGUAUAUAUAUAAUAUGGGAUGCUUUGUAUCAACCCCAAAGGAUUCAGGUGGAAAAAGAAGGAGGCCAGGAAACAUCGGUGAAGUGGCAGUUUUUGUUCCUGGUUUAAGGAUUCCAAAACCUGUGGAUUUUCCUGAAUCACUUGGAGAUCACUUAUGCAAAAAUUUAGUUGAACGCCUUUCUGCUCUUAGGACACGUAUAGUUGUUAUGGCAGGACAAGAAGGUCCUACUAUCACAAGAACACGAAGACGAAGUGCCACUCAACAUGGAGGGUCAACUUUAGGUGAUCUUCUACAAGCUCUUGAAGAUUAUUUACCUGUCCUUCUAGGACUGGUUAAAGAUGGAAGCCCAUUACAACAUAAAGUACAAUUUACAUGGAUAAACCAAGAGGAUGAAUCAGAGGAAAUGGCAAUGUAUAGUGCUUGGUAUGAAGUAUUAUCUGUUUUGCACUUGAUGGCAACUUUAUCACUCUCACAAGCUAAUUUGUUGCUUCUACCAAGAACAUCCACUGAUGGUUAUUUGCCUAAAGUAUCAGAAGGUGACUAG